GAGCUUCAUAGCUGCCGGCAUCUAAGCGCAACACGUAUAUAAGUUGGUGAGUGCAGUGGGCCUCAGCUGCCUGCGCUCCUGCUCCUGCUCCUGCCUCUGCCUCUGCCUCUGCCUGCAGCUUAUUUGCCCUCCAGUUGUGACUCGUGAGUGAGUGAGCCGUUUAUCAAGCACACAGGCGACUACGAGGAGCAGAGACUGUAUGAGAUUGAGCUCGUUCUGCCUGGUCAAGUGUGAUUGAUUCAUUGAUCGAGUGAGUGGGAAGGAGAGACUAGAGGAGAAAGGGAUUUUUAGCCGGGGAGGAGUGAGCGAGCGAGCGAGAGAUGGCUUCUCACGUUCUGCCCGUGGCUUUGCUAGUCUUGCUCCUGGGUUGUACUGUCAGCGCAGAAGUUGUUUCUCUGACAGAUGCGACUUUCGCUGAUAAGGUAAAGGAGAAAGACACCGUCUGGUUCAUCAAGUUCUUUGCUCCUUGGUGCGGGCAUUGCAAGCGUUUGGCACCCACCUGGGAGCAGCUAGGGGCUGCCCUUGAGGGAGAGGAUGGUGUUGAGGUUGCUCAUGUGGACUGCACGACCAGCAAGGAUACCUGCAGCAAGGCGGAUAUUCGCUCCUACCCAACUUUGAAACUCUAUUACAAUGGGGAAGAGUACAAGAAGUAUUCAGGUGCACGCGAUCUUGAGUCAUUGAAGAAGUUUGCUAUCGAGGCGGCGGCUGAACUUGUGAAAGAAGCCAAUGAGGGCGAGCAAUCAUACAUUAUGUAAAAUUUUACAGGUGAAGGUUGAGUUAUGAAGUGCACUUAUUACCCGGCUAGAUAUUAUUCCUGGAGUUUCUCUAUAGAGAAGAUGCUUGCAAAAUCAUUGAGGAUUUUUUCUAGUCCAUGUAUUCAUGUUCUAGAGCGCAAGGAGACUUUCUCGAUCUUUUUUACAUCCGUUGAUCGCGUUGCUUGUGGAUGAGCCACAUGUAAGAAACUUAUUGUGCUUGAAUUGGAACAAAAUGCAUAAGGAAAUUCCUUUUGUUAGACAAG